CCGCUCAGGUUUUAUUUUCAUUUUCCAGGGCAAGAUUCUAUAUGAAGCACUCAGAUCAGUUGCAGAUAUCGCCAGUGGUUCUACUAGGGUUCUUCCGUUUCCGAACUUAGGGUUUCGUUUCUUUUUUAGCUGGUAAUCUGUUUGUUCGCUUCAAUGGCUUCUGAAACCCUAGAAGAUAAAAAGCCCGAUGAAGAAGUGCCCGCAGAAGAGAAAGAAGCUACCGUAGAAGGAGACGAAGAGAAAGGAACUUCCGACACGGCGGAGAAGGAUUUGAUAGAGGAAGAAGUUGUGAAGGAAGGGAAACAGGAUGAGGAGAAAGGAGUUCCAAGCGAGAAGGCCAAAGAAAGUCGAAAGCGCAGCUACAAGAAAGGUGGUGGUGCUACUGCUGAUGGGGAGUCGAAGAAAUCUGAGGAAGAGUCAACUCCGAAGCAGCCAAGAAAGAGGAGUUCGAGCUCUACAGAACCUGUCAUACCAGUCGACAGACCUGCGCGAGAGAGGAAAUCCGUUGAACGAUACUCCGCAUUGUCUUCUGAAAAGGCCCCUGCGACUAAAGUCUUGUCAAUUGAGAAGGGUCGUGGUACUCAGCUUAAAGAUAUUCCCAACGUGGCUUUCAAGUUGUCAAAGAGAAAACCUGAUGAAAACCUGCAGAUGCUUCACACAAUCCUUUUUGGAAAGAAAGCCAAGGUACACUUUUUGAAGAGAAAUAUAAGCCAGUUUUCUGGCUAUGUAUGGCUUCAAAACGAGGAAAAACAGCGGGCAAAAAUAAAGGAAAAGCUUGAUAAAUUUGUCAAGGAAAAAUUGUUGGAUUUCUGUGAUGUGCUCGACAUUCCAGUUUCCAAAGCCACUACAAGAAAGGAAGAGCUAUCAGCAAAGUUACUAGAAUUUUUGGAAUCUCCUCAUGCCACUACAGAGGUCUCACUUGCAGACAAGGAACAAUCACAGAAAGGUAAAAAGCGAAAGAGGAAGGCCAGUGCUGGUACAAAAAUAACAUCAGGAAGUGGAUCGAACAAGAAAAGGAAACAAAGCCCCGAAGCUACGAAGAAGCAGAAACGUAUUUCCAAAGUUGAGGAAAAAAUUGAGGAUGAAGAUGAACCUGGUUCUGCUAGCACUAGAGGUGAUUCUGAUAAAAGUGAUGACAGUGAUAGGCUCCAGAAAGAAGAGAGUGAUGAGGGUGCAAGUGAAUCAGAGGAAGACAAGACAAUUGAACAGAUGGAAAGUGUAAAAGGCUCUAAUAAGAUCAUGAAGGGCUCUGAGGCGAAGACCAAGGCCAAGGCUACUCCUGUCAGAAAGGGAACACCAACAAAAUCUGUAAAAACCCCUGCAAAAUCUACGACAGGCUCUUCACCAUCUACUCUAAAAAAGGGUGUUGCUGAUGAUGAUAGAGGUUCUGCUUCACCAUCCAAAUCCAAGGCAUCAGGCAUGAAUAAACAGACAGAGGAUGACAAGAGAAGAGCAAAGCAUUCAAGUACAUCUUUGAAGGGCAAAUCAACAAGCAAAAAACAGCCAAGCAAGUCUGGGGCAAAGGUUUCUGUGAGUGAACAAGUUGUUUUGGCAGUAGGCAAGGGCAAGUCUAGCAAGAAGGCUAAGGCUGAACCAAGCAGAGAAGAGAUGCAUGCUGUAGUCACUGAUAUUGUGAAAGAAGUGGACUUCAAUACAGCAACCUUGUCAGAUAUUAUCAGGCAAUUGGGAACCCACUUUGGUAUGGAUCUAAUGCAUAGAAAGGCUGAAGUAAAGAGUAUAAUUGAAGAAGUUAUAAACAACAUGACCGAUGAGGAAGAUGAUGAGGAUGAUGAUAAUACUGAACAAGCUGAGGGUGAAGCUGACAAGGCAGGCGAAGAUAAUGAUGAGUAGCUCACUCAAUUAACCGGGUUAAGAAACCAUAAUGGAACUUUGUGGCACACUUGAGGUACUUAGGUCUGUCAUAGCAUCUCUUUGUACCUGCCAGGGUGUUUUUAUUUUAUUUUAUUGGGGGGGGGGGGGGGGAGGGGUUGGGAUUGUGGUGUAGGUUGUUUAACAUUAGUUUUUCUUAGAUCAUAGUUUGUUUAAGGCUUCUUUAGGCAUUUCAUAUGGAUGCAGCUUCGGCUUGUGUGUACAAUAGAUAUGUAUUCAUAUUUUUCUUCAAUUACUUGGUUUUGAAUUUUCCUGU